AAUUAGUGAAAGCAGCAAGGCAAAGAAUUUGUUAAGAAAUUAAAAAAUGUGCCUGUUCUGAUAGUAAGUUAGGAGACAACAAAAUGCUACGUGGUUUCAAUAAAUUUACCCCAUUCAUAACCUCAAUCCCUUGAGACGAUCAGAAAGGGCAAAUGUUGCCCCAGAAUUCUUAAAAUUGUUAGGGAGUUCUCGAGAAGGAUUUGAACCGGUACAUGCUGCUGGCAUUAUUAGAUAGAACAACAUUCUCACUGAUCUAAGUGUACUAAUAUGAGUGGUGAAUUAUGCGGCUGUAGGUGAUACAAACGAGUAGUAAUCUGUGCACGUGAACGGAAAAGGAAUUGCAAAAGAAAUGGGAGGACAGCGUGAAAAUGAAGAUAAGCAAAAUGAAAGCAAGAGGAGGCAGAAAAAGAAAAUUACGUGGAAUAGAAGGAAAAAUGACAAACUGAAGAGUGAAGUGGCUUCCAUACAAAGUUUGAAGCAGGCAUAUGAUUGUAUUGAUGCAUCAAAAGUGAACUCUUUCAAGGAUUUUCCACUUUCACAAAAGACACUCAAAGGAUUGAAGGAAAGUGGUUAUACAAAGCCCACUGAAAUACAGAAAGAGAGCAUUGGGUUUAGUCUUCGAGGCUUAGACAUCUUGGGUGCUGCCAAAACUGGUAGUGGAAAGACCUUGGCUUUCAUUAUUCCGGUACUUGAAGCUCUGUACUGCAAACAGUGGACAAGACUGGAUGGUGUUGGGGCACUUAUUAUCACGCCUACUAGAGAAUUAGCAUACCAGAUUUUUGAGACUCUACGUAAAGUGGGGCAAUACCAUGACAUGUCUGCAGGGCUUAUCAUAGGAGGUAAAGAUUUACACUUUGAGAAGAAGAGAAUGGAUCAGUGCAACAUAGUUAUAUGUACCCCUGGCAGAUUGUUGCAGCAUAUGGACGAGAAUCCUUUGUUUGAUUGCGGUAACAUGCAAAUCUUGGUGCUGGAUGAGGCAGAUCGAUGUUUAGACUUGGGGUUUGAAGCCACAAUGAAUAAUAUUAUUGAAAAUCUACCUCCAAAAAGACAGACAUUACUUUUUUCUGCAACCCAGACAAAAUCAGUACGUGACUUGGCCAGACUAAGUCUUAAGGACCCCAUGUAUGUGUCAGUGCAUGAACAUGCGAAACAUAGCACACCAGAAUCUCUGCGGCAGAGUUAUGUUGUGUGUGACCUUCACGAGAAAGUCAACAUGUUGUGGUCCUUCGUUCGAAAUCACCUCAAACAGAAGAUACUUGUAUUUAUGGCAAGUUGCAAGCAAGUCAAAUACUGUUAUGAAAUCUUUUGCCACUUGCGACCUGGCACAACAUUGCUGGCCCUCUAUGGAACCCUACAUCAACUGAGACGCAUGGCUAUUUAUGAAUCAUUCUGUCGGAAAUCAAACGCUGUUCUGUUUGCUACCGACAUUGCAGCCAGAGGUUUAGAUUUCCCAGAAGUGAACUGGGUCGUCCAGUUAGAUUGCCCGGAGGAUGCAAACACUUACAUCCACCGUGCUGGAAGAACGGCAAGAUACCACAAAGGAGGGGAGUCCCUGCUUGUUCUCCUUCCAUCAGAAGAACAGGCCAUGGUGGAAGAACUCACAGCAAAAAAGAUACCAAUCAGUAAGAUAAAAAUCAACCCGUUAAAGUUACAGUCACCACAAAGGAAAAUGGAGGCUUUUUUGGCGAGGGAUCAUAAUUUAAAAGAAUCAGCUCAGCGUGCAUUUGUCUCUUACGUGAAGUCUGUAUUUCUUAUGAAAAAUAAACAGAUAUUUAACGUACAGGCACUUGACACUGAUUUAUAUUCCAGAUCCUUAGGGUUGGCAAUUCCACCAAGAAUCAGGUUUCUUCAAAGACUUCAGAAACAGCAAGGAGAGCAGAUGCCAAUAGCUGAGAACUUGGCAAAGAUUACAGAUUUAAGCACUUCGCCUGACUCAAAUGGCCGCCAAGAAUGUGACAAGAUCGGUAGCAGUGGAAGCUCAGAUGAAGAAACUGAUGGAGAACAAGAUACGAGAUUGAAGGAACAGUCAUUCUCGUUUGAAAAUAAUGACAGCGACAGUGAACCAGACAUACUGAAGCUAAAACGUAGAGACCACGAGUUGGAAGAAGAAGUUGUACCACCAGAGGAAAAUGUCUCUCAGAAUACUAAAAAGAAGGUUAUUACAAAAGUGGCUUUGGCAAAGAAGAUUCUCAAGAAGAAAAUUGUACCAAACAAGAAAACAGUAUUUGACGAUGAAGGCGAGGCUGUGUUGGACCACGCAAAGGAAAAAGUUUCGAGUCUUGCCAGAGAAUACGAAUCGGAGAUCAAAGGUGGAAUUGACAUUGAGGAAGCGAAGCAAGUGUUGAGAGAAGAAGAUAAAUAUGAUAAGCAACGUUUCAGAGACAAGAUCAAAGCUAAACACAGGGAAGAAAAAUUAAAGUUAAAGAUAGCUCGGAAGAAGCAGACGAAACAAGAAGAAUCUGUAGCUGAGGAAGAACCUGACAGUGACGAGAGUGCUGAAGAUAAUCACUUGGAUUUGUCGUGGUUACCAGAGCUUGAUAAAGUUUAUCCCUCAGGGGUCGAGGGCACUGAAGAUUGUGAUAGGAGUGAGCUGUCCCAUGAAGGAAGAAGCAGUGAUGAUGAUGAUGAUGAUGAUGACAGCUGCAGAGAAGUUGUAGAAGAGCAGAAUCACAAGUUCCUUCCUUUAAAGAGGAAAAAAUCAUCAGACAGGGCUUGGACGAAAAGACCGCGAGAAGACGAGCCAUUGGAUACGGGGCUUACGUUGCAGGAAGAUGAAGACCUGGCAGUUCACCUUUUACGCAAUAUAAGAUAAAGUUUGUUAAUUGUAUAUGCCAUCUGCACCCCUUAUUGGCUGUCUACAAUGGCUUAUUGAUUCCUUUAUAUUUGCCAUUUUAUUUUUAAAAAAAUAUACUGCUGCAAACAUUUUUCA